AUGUCAGAGGAUAGAGAUUUACAACUUGCGGAGACGAUUAACUGCCGGUUAUUGCUUCAGGAGCGUGAUCCUCCAAUCAAUGAAGUUGUUGAAUCCGGCCUUGUUCAUCGCUUUGUCCUAUUUACUUCCACAAAUGACUUCCCUGAGCUUAAGCAUGAAUCAGCUUUCGUGCUCGCAACGAUUACUAAAGGAACAUCUAAUCACAUUGCGGUCCUUAUUGAUAGUGGCGCAGUCCCUUUAUUCGUCCAACUUGUCACUUCUGACCGAGAGGAAGUCCAAUUAGUGGGUGUUCGGGCAUUGGGAAACAUCGCUGCUGGCUCAACAGAACGCCGUGACCAUGUCCUCAAUUCUGGGGCCAUGAUGUCUCUUACGGCUCUGUUCAAUGAGCAUGCAACGUCAUCCUCCGUCACGUUGCUUACCACUGCUUCAAUAACUAUAUUCCACUUGUGCAGUAGAGAUCCUCCGCCUGCACUUGAGCAUAAGAAUCAAGCGUUACCACUUGUUAAACGGCUUUUGCUCUUAUUUACCCCGUGGGAUCCAACCAACCAUCUUCUUCUCCAGAGUGCAUCUCUUACUCUCAGCCGUCUCAGCAACGAUGGCAAUAUACAAAACGUUAUCGACCUUAUUCCUCGUCUCAUUCAUUUCUUAGGUCAACCGAACUUGGCAUCGAUUGUGUUACCAACUCUCGAUACCAUCAACAACAUCCUGGAGGAUACAACGCAUAUUCAGGCGGUUAUUGACAACCAAGCCCUUCCUAGUCUCUUGAAUGUUUUGACAAGCACGGACAACAAGAGAGUCAAGCUUAAAACCUGCUUCACCAUCGUGUGUGUUUUAUCUGGGAACACAAGUCAGGUGCAGCAAGUGAUUGAAGCAGGCAUUAUGCAACGUUUGAUUCACUUGCUUCGAGACACUAGUAACAUCAGAACUACUGCUCUUAUUGUGCUUGCUACUGCAAUUCAUUCUGGCAGUCAUGACCAAAUCAAGUUUCUUGUGGCCCAAGGAUGCAUUGAACCGCUGUGUGAUUUUAUUAUAUCAGAUGACAUUUCAACUGUCGUCCUUACUACCUUGGGCGCUCUAGAGGGUAUUCUGAUAGUAGGUGAAGCCGAGAAAAAUCUAGGCAACACAGGAGACGUUAAUCUCUACGCGGCGAUGAUUGUGGACGCAGGAAUUUUGGAUAAGAUCGCAGAGCUUAGGUCUCACGGCAAUCCUGAUAUCAGAGAGAUGGCUAACAGACUCACCGAUGAUUAUCUGUAA